GUAGCCGCGGCGGUGACGACCGCGGCGGGGAAGGCCUGGAGGGGCUCGGCGUUCUGGAGUGGCGCUGCUUGGGCCGGUUGCAGGUUGCAGACUGCUGGCGCCGCUGCUGAAGAGAACGGCGAGUGGGUUCGGCGUUUCCCGUCGGGGUCCCAGCAACGAUGAGUGCGGCCAGGGAGUCCCAUCCGCACGGGGUGAAGCGUUCAGCCUCCCCAGACGACGAUCUUGGAUCUAGCAAUUGGGAAGCAGCAGACUUAGGUAAUGAAGAAAGAAAACAAAAGUUCUUGAGACUUAUGGGCGCAGGAAAGAAAGAACACACUGGUCGUCUUGUUAUAGGAGACCACAAAUCAACAUCUCACUUCCGAACAGGGGAAGAAGACAAGAAAAUUAAUGAAGAACUGGAAUCUCAAUAUCAGCAAAGUAUGGACAGUAAAUUAUCAGGAAGAUAUCGACGACAUUGUGGACUUGGCUUCAGUGAGGUAGAAGAUCAUGAUGGAGAAGGUGAUGUGGCUGGAGAUGAUGAUGAUGAUGAUGAUUCACCUGAUCCUGAAAGUCCAGAUGACUCUGAAAGUGAUUCAGAGUCAGAGAAAGAAGAGUCUGCUGAAGAACUCCAAGCUACUGAACACCCUGAUGAAGUGGAGGAUCCCAAAAACAAAAAAGAUGCAAAAAGCAACUAUAAAAUGAUGUUUGUUAAAUCCAGUGGUUCAUAACUCCCAAACACUUAGUCUUUGUAUUAAAAGUAAGCCUUAUUGUUAUAAUGCACAGUGGAGGACUGCUUAUAGAGCACAGACCUUUGUAUUAUAAUUUUUAAAAAGGCCCUUUUAAAUAAUUACAAAGAGUGUUUGCUUUCAGAUGCCAUGGAUUACACUUUUAUGGGCAUGACUAUAACCAUUUUUGUAAAGAGUAAGAGUUGUAUAAAAUAAGAAAUAAAUACAGUACUCAAUUUCAUUUCAUAUUAGCAUCAUCAGACUCUAAUCUCACCUUUUUACCCCUUCAGAUAGUUAUGGAGGAAACACUUUUUUGUGGUAGCUGUUUCAUCUUUUUUGUUCCUUCAUAUUUUUCUCUUAUAAGAAGUUUAAUCUGAUACUGUUGAUGUGUUCAUGAAAACUACUCAGUUAUUGUACUUUGCUGCAGUAGAACUAUUCAUCAUGGGUAUUUCUGCUGCCAGUAACUAUCUAAAUUGUUUGCAAAGAUUAGGUACUUAGGUUACUCUUACUGAUUCAACUCUACUCUUUUGGACCAAAGCAACAUGAGAGCAAAUACUUUCACACCUGUUAGGAUGGAGUUGCAACUGUCAUACAUUUGGCAUGUUAUGAUCCCAAGCAGUCUUUAUAUAAUUUGAAUUACAUUGUAUGUUAGAUUUUUGAUAAAAUUUGGCCAAUUUUUACAGAAGAAAUUAUUUCUCUGAUCAUUUGGUCCUAUCUAUUUAGGAAUAUGUAAAACUGGAAUUUUUUUUCAAGGUAAUAUGUGACCAAAGUUAAUUUUCUUCCUGAGGCCUAAAUAAAGAAAAAGCAGUUUCCCAUAUUUGGUUUGUGAUACCUUUAUCCUCAUUAUCUAAAAUGAGGAAUAGCCUUAUUGAAGAAGAAGCUGAAACAAAUUCUCUUCAUUUUAUCCCAAUGUUGUUAUCUUGAUUAUUGAAUUACUGGAAAGUAGUACUGCUUUCUGAUUUUGUUGCUGCUUCUUUGGGAGUGAGAUUAGAAUUCUCUGACUGGUUAUGUGGUUGAUGUGUACAGCAGAUUAACAGGCUCCAAUAUGGGCUAGUCCAUGAUCUUUGAAUAUUUGGGUCCAAAAUAUUUCUAAGUAACAUGUUCAGAGGCAUGAGUCAAACCUGUUUGUUUGCUGAAUUUUUAUAUACCUAGCUACUUACGUGUUCGAUGUGUUGGACUUAAAAAACAAAUUCCUAUGUCACUUUGAAAUUUAAAAUUUAGGAGUCUAGCAACUUGAAUAGGUGAUAAUCUGGUUCAUGCAAUCCAUUCAUAGAUUAGAGCCCUCCAACAUUUGGCUUUUGAUUUUUCUUAUUUCUUACAUUGUUUUAUAGUAGUUGCUACCCUACAUAGUAAAAUAUCAAGUCAGGGGGUAGUAGACAGGAUAUAUGACCUUUAAUAGAUACUUGGUUUGAAUAGGUUUGGCAUUAUUCAAAUUUCAGUUGGCCACAGAUUUUUAAAUAUCUAGUUUCUAGGGUUGCUUAUUACAACUAAAUGAAGUAGUAAAUGAAGGCUGAUUUAUGUUUAAGAAUGGAAGUGGGAGAGAUCAGUAUUACAUUUUAAAAAGUAUUUUCCAUUAGUUUAUUGUUGAAACAUGUUGGGUUAUUUAUAAGUCUUGGUUCUUAAUAUGUAAAUAGAAGAGCCUUCUUCUAAAAUAACUUUACUGGAAGACCUUUUUCUUCAUGACCAAAUGGAGAAGUUCUUAUCCAACUAAUUCAUAUAUUAUUGGACCAUAUACAUAAUUCAGGGUUGGAAUAAAUUUAGGUCUGUUGAUCCAUGUAGCCUAGUGUCCCAGCACCACAUUAAACAUCAUGGCUAUCUUUUAAGCAUGAA